CCCAAGUGCCUAACUAAAACUCUGAAAGAAAUAUAUACUCACUCCAAUGGUCGUUCCCCAACAAGAAAUAUAUACUCACUCCCAAUGGUCGUUCCCCAACAAGGGAGUACGUACGAGUAUACGACCUUACUUGCUACUUCUUACGACCUUACAAUGGAGUACGUUGUAAUUUUUAUACCCCUCUUCCCCCUUCUUCUUCUCUGUUGCUACUUCUUACGUAGAAAAAAUAGGCUCCCAACAAACUGGCCUCUUUUAGGGAUGUUUCCUGCAGUCCUUAAAAACGUCCAUAGAAUUCAUGAUUAUUUCAUUGAAGUUAUGGAAAAUUCUCAUUCUACUUUCUUUUUUAAGGGUCCUUGGUUCACCAACAUGUACGUUUUGGCUACCGUUGAUCCCGCCAACGUUAACCAUGUGAUGAGCAAGAACUUUGGGAAUUAUCCAAAGGGCUCCAAGUUGAAAGAAAUGUUAGAUAUACUUGGAGAUGGUGUUGCUAAUUGUGAUUCUCUUGUGUGGAAAUACCAUCGAAAAAUAGCUCAAUCUUUCUUUCAUCAUCCAAAGUUCCAUGAGUUUUUGGUCAACAAUACUUGGGAUAAGUUGGAGAGUGGACUUAUCCCCGUCCUUGAUCAUGCCUCUAAGAACUCUAUCGAGGUUGACUUGCAAGAUUUGUUUCAAAGAUUCACAUUUGAUACAAUAUGCAUCAUUGCCAUGGAUCAUGAUCCGGGAUCUCUAUCAAUCGAUUCUCCUUUCAUUCCAUCGUCUAAAGCCUUGGAUGACGUCGAAGAAGUGUUCUUCUCUCGCCAUGCAGUGCCAUCUUAUGUUUGGAAGUUCAAGAGGUGGUUAGAUAUAGGAGAUGAGAACAAGUAUAGGAAAGCUUGGAAAAUCCUCGAUAACUUCAUCUACAAAUUCAUAGCUUUGAAGAGAGAAACACUAAGUAAGGAAAAAUCAUCUAUGGAAAAUGAAGACGUCAAUAAUGAGGUGAGUACCGAUCUACUAACGUUAUAUAUAAAACAAGAUGAAAAUUAUGAGGGUCCAAUUGAUUUUCAAAGUGAAAAGUUUUUAAGGGAUACAAUUUUAAAUUAUUUCUUAGCUGGACGCGACACGACUAGUGCUACGUUGUCUUGGUUCUUUUACCUCCUCUUUAAAAACCCACCAGUUGCUUCUAAGAUCAAAAAAGAACUAGAAAAUAUAACAAUAAAUAGGGGGAACUUUAAAGAGGUGAGUAACAAGUUAGUGUAUUUUCAUAGUGCACUAUGUGAGACUUUAAGAUUAUACCCUCCUGUUGUAUUCGAGGUUAAGUCCCCUGUUGAGGCGGACAUACUGCCAAGUGGUCACCAUGUGAAUCCUGAUAUGCAAAUUAUUUUCAAUAUGUAUGCGAUGGGAAGGAUGAAAUCUAUAUGGGGAGACGAUUGUUAUGAGUUUAAGCCAGAGAGAUGGAUAUCAGAACAAGGAAAGAUUAGACAUGAGCCAUCAUACAAGUUUUUAGCCUUCAAUGCUGGGCCAAGAACUUGCAUAGGGAAAGACAUGGCCUUUACACAAAUGAAGAUUAUUGUCAUUACCAUAAUUCAAAACUAUGUCAUAGAAGUUGUUGAUGAGCAUCGUGUUGUUCCAAGUAUCUCUAUGAUUUUUCGCAUGAAGUAUGGGUUUAAAGUUAGAAUACGUCGUUCUCGGUGAUUAGUACCCCGAUCGAAUCGUAUAUUGAAUAAUAAUUGUGUAUGUUAAUAUAUUAAGUAGUUAUAUAUUUGAUAGAAUAUUUUAUGUAAUGAAAAUGUUAUUAUGAGUAAAUCUUUUCUAUUACGUUUAUAAUA